AUUCCUUCGCCGUAGUCUGUGACCGUCCGCGACACUGUGAGCGCGUUUCGAUAUUUAAAUUUUCGAGCGCGUUCGAUUUUUAAAUCUCCAAGCGUGUUUGAUAUUUUACGAUUCCAACGAUAGCAGACGAAAGUUUCUAGUGUUUGUGGUUUAAAACAAAGCUCGUAUUUAUUUGAUGUUUCGAAAAAUAAAUUAUUGAAAUAAAAAUGGCUUCAGUGUGGUUUGCAGUGGUUAUUUUAUUAUCAAUUCAGCAAGUUUUCGCAAUUCACCGCGAAUGCGGGGAAUUUAAGAAUUUGAAGAACUGCAACGAUUGCAUCCGAUGUGGUGGACACUGGUGCAAUGAUCCGAAUGAAGUAAAACGAUGUUCGAGAGAUAGAUCUGACUCUUGGUGUAAAGGCAAGACGGAGACACUGUUUACUGCGACUAGGGUCGAGGAGAAAGGCACUCUCUUGAGCCCCAAGUACAUCCUACAGACCCUUGAAGUGGGCAGUCGAACCAGUUUGAACUUUACUUUCCCGUCAAAAACUUCGGAACAGAAGGUGACUUAUAUCGUCAAUUCGACACAAAACUCGGACUUUCAAGUUACGAAGCAAACGUACUGCAAUGGCGAGACUUGUACGACUACAAUCGAAGCGGCUCCCGAGACCACGUUCUGCGCUGCCGAUGGCAAGACAUACGAAUACUUCAACGUAAAAGUGUCAGUGGGUGGUAUUGAGGAGAGUUCAGAGAUAAAGUUCCAUGUGCCUUGCGCGUGUGGGUGCAGCGAGGCAGUGGAGGCGAUGUCUCGAACGUGCAACAGAAGAGGCAGUUAUUCUUGUGGUGUUUGCACGUGUGAAGAGGGAUGGGUAGGCACAUUCUGCGAGGAACCAAUAUGCGAGAAGAAGAGAGGCGACGUACCUUGUAUAGACUCUGGCAGAAACUAUCCGGAGUGUUCAGGCAACGGAGUCUGCGGCCGCUGCGACCAAUGCGAAUGCUUCCCAGACAGGGAAGGCUCCAGAUACUUCGACAAAGACAACUACUGCGCCGACAUCUGCAUGACAAUCAACGACUGCGAACAGUGCCUCGAAAGCCAUUUACCAGGACCGUGCCAGGAUUGCAACUUCCCACUAUUCAAUCGCCCACUCAACCAAACACUAUUGACGUAUAAGGAUGAUUUCAAUAGGAAACUGUGGGUCAAAUGUAAUACCACAAUCAAUGACUGCAACAUCGAGUACGCAGCGAUGAGGGAGAGCAACGGUGAAACAUUCUACAUGAUCAUGAACUCCUGUGAUCCGGUGACGGGUGAACAAGUCGUCGGCGGCGUCAGCUUGACACUCCCAGUAGUUCUGGGCGUGAUAGCAAUUGCUGCAGUGGCCGCCGCGACCGCCGGUUACGUGGUGUGGAAGAACCGAACGCCGCCCAUGCCGCUAACAGAUCCGAUGUACCAGAACAUAGACGCUGAGGACUGCACGGGGGAGAACCCGUUGUACAAACCCCCCACGUCGUCGUUCAAGAACCCUACGUAUGGGAAAUGGUAGCUAGAUACGUAAUACCUGAAUCACCGAGGACCUUGGGGCCAAAGGGUCAACGGUAUACGCGUUGGGGACACUGCAAUACGGCCCCAGUAUCCCGUAUCGAAACCCAUUCCAACACUGCCUGUGAUCAACACGAUAUGAUGAAGAAAUUGCAUUCGUCCGGUGUCGUCGUCGCAAAUUGUAACUAUGUAUACUGUUAGUAAUAGUAGUAGGUGCGUUCUGAUCGUUUAGAAAUGUCCAAUUUUUAAUUCUACUACAAUAUAUCUCUGGUCAAUAAUAAGUACCUAUGAUUUGUGGAAUUCACACUAUUAAGGACGCUAUGUUACAUUUUAUAAUAAAUAAUUGUAAUAUUUGUUAAUUAGAUGUGUAGUUUAUCGACUGCUGCCAAUAUUUUAUCUUUAUCUAUAAAUAUUUUAUCUAUCAUUACACAAUUGGCAAUUUCUAAACGAUCAGUAUAGUAGUAAUAGCGCGUUUUAUGUAAUGCCUCUGUGAUAUUUAAGAUGAUUAAGUAAUAAGUGUUUUAUUUUAUAAAGUGACUCACACGAGUCAUGGUACGUACGUUAUCGCGUAUUUAGAUUAGCAAUCUCGAUUAUUAAAAAAAUACGUGUUGACGCACGGUGAAAUAAGUGGCGAAGUUACGAACGAUUUACACCUGCCGGUUAGAGUGGAUUCAGUAAUAUUCUUCCGUACAAGCGUUGUACGGAACAGUCGGACAAAUGUAUUAAUAGAGUUACUAUUUACUAUAUAUUAAAAUCUCCAAAAUAAUUCAUCUUAUGGACGUACUUACUCUGUUGAGGUUUCACCUGUUACUUGAUGUUAUAUUACAGUAAGAAGGUAACAAGUAGGUACUUACCUUAAUUUUAGUAGCUAUUAGUUCCAAUUAAACGAUUGAUGGAUUUGAUUAAAGUUUAAGUAGUUUAUGAUAAAAAAUAAUCAAUACCUCUGAGAAUACAUCCAGUUACGUACCUUGUAACUGGAUGUAUUCUCAAAGUUAUUGAAUUUAAAUAAUACUUAUGUUGACAGUUAGAUUAACUUAAAUUCGUGCGCUGGUUCGCAGAAGUACAGUUCAUCCGUAAGGUGUAAAUCGAUCAGUAAACGUCACCGUGCUUAGAGAAAAUGUAUAAAAUAUAUUAAAUAGCAUUAGUUUUUAGGUGAUUUAUGAAUUCUGUGUAGAAGUUGAAAUGGGGAGCCAUUAACGUAUGAGUUCAUCCAUUUGUUAGUCAUGACUGUGAAUGGUUUACACACAUUUCUCAAUUAAUGAGGGUACCUUGACAUUGUAAUAACGGCGUCUUAAAUGCAAUUAAAGCUUAUUAUCAGUAGCUUCAUAGAUAUAAUGCUGAUAUGCAAUCCCACAAAUACUUCGUGAUCAAUUGGCUUAUAGGUGCCCUGACUAAAUGAUCUCAUUCGAGUUUACUAUGACUGACAAUUUUAGAAAAAAAUCAAAUAAGUUUUAAGAAGAUGGGUUAGUGACUCAUGGUAUUCGAACUAUUUGUGACUCGUAAACAAUAUAGGAAACUUACAUAGGUAGUAUACCCAACCUAAUUUGCAAAGUACCUACAUUUAUCUACCUUGCAUUAUUUUUCAUUUGUAAUUAAUAUUUUUUGUAUUUCCGUACCUUUUAAUUUUGAUUUUAUACAUACAGGUAUAAUAUUGACAUAAAAGUUGACUUUUUAAACAUACCUAAUAUUCCAGUUUGUAGAAUCGUCAUAGAAUAAUAAUUAAUUAUUCAUUACGUAGAUACGAUACACGGAAAAAAAAUUACGGAAACAGGUAGAGAGAUACCAUUCUCCGAUGAAUACUAAAUCUGAUUUUUUAUGCGAUCUACUACUUACUACCUAUGUACAAAGUUCUUCCGGUAUUUAGUUAUAAGAUUUCAAAAACAAUAUAUUACUCAAAAAACAAUCUUACGUCGUCAACUUUGACGAAUCAAUUUGUAGUUAAUUACCCAAUAAAAACAAAUGUAUUCAACUCUUAGGUAAUUCUCUUACCUUAAUAUACCUUGCAAGGCAGUGUGAGAGGUAACGUUUUUCCAUGGUUUUGUCUACAAGGUAUUAUGUUGCUCUGAAAAUAUGCUACUAUCCCUAUUUUUGUGCACUAUUGUAAAAGGUAUCUUCUACAAAUUGUUAUUUAUAUGUAUAGGUAAAUAUCAACCUAAAAUAUGUUAAACUAUGUAUUACAGACUUAUUUCCUCAUGUGAAAGUAUCUAAAGCACCAGGAAAGUAGGAUAACGCAGCAGUUUUUAAGACGCAGUGGGCGUAAUAUCGCUCGUGAGUUGUGGUCCCAGGCUCCGUGGGCAGAAUCUCUGCUGCGAGUAUCAAACGGAUCUCUUGACUAACGGGUUUUUGUUCAACCUCUGACACAUGCCGAUGCCUACCUACCAACUGCAAACCAGUCACCACAAUACAUUUUGAUAUCGAAAUAACGUUACUCGCUUUUCUUUACUUUGGAAUAUUGACCUAUAUAAUUUGCUUGUAGGUAUAUUAUACAUAUAAGUAGAUUUAUUCUUCAAAUGAUGUAUUUCCUAUAUAACAGCACAAUUUUAUCAUUAUCAUUUGUGGUUAACCUUGCAUCUAUAUUAUUCCAUAAAUAAACUAAAUUCUAGAUCAAAUGUAGAAAAAAUUGUGAUUUGUGAUGAUUGAAACCUUUUUACGCUUUUCAGUUUACGCAUUUUUAAUUUAAUUAAUUAACUUGAAUGUGUAAGGUACCUACCUAAUUUAAGUAGGUACCUAUUUCCAAAUUAUUCGGUAAUUUCAUAGUUAAAUUUUUAUAUAUUAUAAUCUUACAUACAUAGUAUAAAGGUAAACAUCCAAUAAGACAUUCAUUUUUAAUUUUAACAAAUCUAUCAAUCUAGUAGGUUGCCUACCUAGCCUCCAUAUACCUACUCGGGCUUUAAUAUGUACCUAGAUAUAACCUAACUGUUAAACUGAUAAUUAUGUAUGUUAAACGAUAAGUAGGUACGUGUAUAAAUUAGGCUAUGACAACUGCAUUGUACUUGAUAAUGUUAUUUGUAAAUAUUAUUAACCCGUUUCUUUUAUACUUAAUUUAAUCUAUCAGUAGCUUUAGUUAUUCAUGUAACUUAAUCAUAAAUCACCCUCAUUGUGAUUGUCAACAAUAACUUACAUCACAUUAAGUAAAGUUUUGUUUAUUUUUAAUAUUCACUUACAAUAUAAUUUACAAAGAACUGAUUGUAAUGGAUUGCACGUUCUAUUUUUCGUACCUAGUACUUACUCUUUGGCGCAUUGGUUUUUAACAGCACUCUAUGCUACGGCUGUUACAAAACUGCAUUCGAAUCCAAGACCAUUUAGAUCGAAUUCGGACCUCGAUUUUGUUGCAAGUCGCAUAAUAUGAGCUUGCAAAAAGCUAUGUAGGUAAGUACGGGAAAGCGGGAAAUAAUGUUCAAAAAGUUCUGGCGAGCUUUGAAAAAAAUAUACGAAUCUCCGUUACUACGUAAUGUAUUUAAAAUGUAAUAAAUGUGUAGGAAUAAGUAUUGUAUAAUCUAGCUUUUUAUACAUUUGUAAAUUUGUACCAGCUGCCUGAUGCCUGACUGGGGUGAUCUGAAUGAAUCGUAAGAUUGUUACCUAAUAAAUCGACUAAUAAUACUUU